AUGGCUGGUCCGGGGCAAGAGAGACUGGACGAUGCACGUCGAAACGAAGACUUUCACAAGCAAGCAGCCGCGCACGCGCGAGGCAAGACCGUCGAUUUUGAAGAGGAGCGCCACCGUUUACAACAGUUCAUCUUGGAGAGUCAGCGCAAGAUUGCAGAGUUGGAGCGUGGUGAAGCGGAUUUACAUGGCCAGAUCAUGGAUGAUCAAGACCAACUGCAAAAAUUGGCGGGAGAGGCAGCCGAUGCUAGGCAAGUCCACGACAACGAUGUCCGCGCCCUUCACAAUCAGAUUCACGCUCGAGAAGAGGAAGUGGAGCAACUUCGACAAACGAUCAGGAGGAAUGCGCGUUCGAAACUCCCACUCGAUCCUGCACCCGUUCCCGCUAGUGCUGGACCAUCGCGGCCAACUGUAGACUUGGCUAUCGCGGAUGUUGCGAAAUCGUUGGACGUCGAUGCUGAUGUGCUCUCCAAGUUAAUGGGAGUAAUGGAACUGGUGAAUAAUGGACGUGCCCGUGUGAUGAUUGGUUCGACAAACGGUGGAGGGAAACAGAGUAAGCGCAAAGCGCAGGAGAAAGCGGCCGUUGCUCCCCAAACAGGUGAUCUAGUGAAAAAGGCACAUGCCAUGAUGCGCCAGGUGACCUAUCAAAGAUUCGGCUGCGAGCAGGCCACAGACUUCAUCUUCCACACGCCUGCAACGGAGGAAGAAGUGGAAGCUUUCGCCAACGAUGACCAAGCCUGCAUCCGCAAAUGGCAGUUUGACUUCAGCGAGGGAUAUACCAGCUCCGCUUGGAAUAUGGCAGGUCUCAUUCAGCGCGAGUUCCUCGCGUACAUCGCUGCUGAGCAACUCGCCCGAUACCGCGGCAAUUGGAAGCAGUUCCAACCGAAGUGGGACCCGAGUAAGGAUCGUAUGGAGACCAGGGCUGAAGCGAUUGCCCGUGGCCAAGUCAUCUUGUUCCAGCGUCGGAUGUCGUCCAAGACGAUAAAUGCUCAACACGAUAAAUACAACCAUUGUCACAACACCGUUCAGUCGACGAUCACCCUGAAGGAAGAGGAUGGUGCAAACAAUCUUGCGACUUGGAAGAGGAUGUUGGAUCUCUUGGUGUUGCUUGGUGCGAAUGGAAUGUCUGAGGAGGAGGAGAGACCCCGCAACCCACAUGGGAUCCAAGAUUCGGACGUAUAA